CUACAGUUACAUUGUAACUUGAAAAUCCUGUUAACCUACUGAGUGUAGGUCGUUAGAAAAAAAGAAAAGAAAAACGAGAUUUCCCCGCAUAGUAAACAUGGGCCCUUGACAUUCGGCACAUGUGCUAGAAGAAAAUGGUACGUCCCGCCCAUUCAACGGUUAUUGGCACCGGCAAACCGAUUCAAACUGCCCGGUUAAUUGUCGAACCGUGUCAUCGUUAACCAGCCAAUGUGAGAAAGUUGUCGAGACGAAAUCCCCGCGCCGUGUGUGCGUGUCAGAGUACGCACGCCUCGCCCCAUUCAUUUUACACACACCGCUCUCCCUUUCGUUUCAUUUCUGUUGGUACGUCCGCAUACACGCGCGCGCGCACGCUUUUUUUCAUCGCGAGCCGGUCAAGAUGGCGGCGGCACUGCCGAGACGGAGCAGCCGCUCGGCUUAAUCGAUCUUUUUCUCUAAAUCGCCGGAUAGAAAUCGGCCAAAUCAUACGCCUCGUCUUUUCGGUAUACUCCCCAGUCUUCGUUCGGAUAUCCUCCGUGAAAUCAUACCGCGUUAAACGCGUGUUUUAACGGAAAAUGCCCAGCCUCUAGUUUAUGUGUAUCGUCCAUUAGCUUGUGUCGGGGAGAAUGGGGGAGAAGCUGGAGUUAAAGCUGAAGUCGCCGGUCGGAGCCGAAGCUGCAGGCUACCCGUGGCCCUUACCUGUAUAUGAUAAACACCAUGAUGCUGCACAUGAAAUCAUCGAGACUAUCCGGUGGGUAUGUGAGGAGAUCCCAGAUCUUAAGCUGGCCAUGGAGAACUAUGUUCUUAUUGACUAUGACACCAAGAGCUUUGAGAGUAUGCAGAGACUGUGCGACAAAUACAACAGAGCUAUUGACAGCAUUCACCAGCUGUGGAAAGGAACCACCCAGCCCAUGAAACUCAACAAGCGGCCUUCCAACGGCCUGCUGCGUCACAUCCUGCAGCAGGUCUACAACCACUCCGUCACCGACCCGGAGAAACUCAACAACUAUGAACCCUUCUCUCCUGAAGUGUAUGGAGAGACCUCAUUUGACCUGGUGGCCCAGAUCAUCGACGAGAUGGAGAUGAUGGAGGAAGACACCUUUGUGGAUUUGGGAAGCGGUGUUGGUCAGGUUGUUCUGCAGGUCGCUGCUGCCACUAAUUGUAAACACUACUUUGGCGUGGAGAAAGCAGACACUCCAGCAACCUAUGCAGAGUCGAUGGACGGAGAGUUCAAGCGUUGGAUGAAGUGGUAUGGCAAAAAGCACGGGGAGUACACGCUGGAAAGAGGAGAUUUUCUCUCGGAAGAGUGGAAGGAACGAAUAGCCAACACAAGUGUUAUUUUUGUGAAUAACUUUGCCUUUGGUCCUGAGGUGGACCACCAGCUGAAGGAACGUUUCGCCAACAUGAAGGAAGGUGGGAAAAUUGUUUCCUCAAAACCCUUUGCACCUCUUAACUUCAGAAUAAACAGCCGAAACUUGAGCGAUAUUGGCACAAUAAUGCGAGUUGUGGAACUGUCGCCGUUGAGAGGGUCAGUUUCAUGGACGGGAAAGCCAGUGUCAUACUAUCUUCAUACGAUAGACCGCACCAUACUUGAAAACUACUUUUCUAGUCUCAAAAAUCCUAAACUCAGGGAGGAGCAGGAGAUCGCAAGGAGGCGCCUACAGAAAGAAAACAAGAGCAACACCACAACACCCACCAAACCCAAGGAGCACAAGACACAGCACGAAUCCGGUGUUGAAGACGAGCGCUCAAACUCGCUCCUGGCCGUGAAGCCGUCGCCCAAACCCCGCCGCGCCAGACUGCUGGCCAGAGGCCGUAAGCUAGGCAACAGGAAGCGCGGACCCAAGAAAGCCGCCACUGCGACCGCAGCAGAACGCAAGAAGAGCCAGACCGCCCUAGAUCUGUUGCACGCCAAGACCCUCUCCGCGGCCCCGUCUAAGGAUGGAUACAAGUCACCUCACAGCCCAUUUUAUCCGCUACCUCCUAAAGUUCACCAUUAUACGUCAAACCAGCUUCUCCUGGGCCCGACUCCACCAGGCUUGCAGGCUCUUCUCGAUAACAUCAAAGUCCAGUAUCUCCAGUUCAUGUCCUACAUGAAGACUCCACAGUACCGCAACAGCCUGCAACAAGCGCUUGAACAGGAGAAGCUGAGACACACGGAGCUGUCAUGUCAAGCCCAGCAACUGCUCAACGCUUGUCAUUCUCAUAAAGAGAGGAAAGAUCUUUUCCAGUCCAAACUAGAGGAGCUGGGCGUGAGGGCCGUGACUGUGGAGGACCUGGUGCAAGCUCAGAAGGAGAUCACAUCCCACAACAUGCAGCUGAGGGAACAAACCAAACAGCUGGAGAGAGACAUGGUCGAGCUGAGGGAUCAGAGUUUGGUGCUGUUAAGGUCUCGAUGUGAGGAGCUCAAGCUGGAUUGGGGUUCUCUGUGUUUGGAGACGCUGUUGAAAGAGAAAGCAGCUCUGCGAAGGCAGAUUUCGGAGAAACAGCGCCACUGUCUGGAACUCCAGAUCAGCAUUGUUGAACUUGAGAAGAGCCAGAGGCAACAAGAACUUCUGCAGCUGAAGUCAUCCUACAGCCCAUGUGAUGUAUCCCCAUACCGAAGGUCCCUCCCUGUCAUGGAGCCUCGCCCCACACUGGACAACGACACCCCGAAACUCACCCCGCAAAUUGGGCUCAACGGCCUCAGCCCCGAACUCUCCAUCAACGGCACUGCCUCGCCCGGCUACGACAGAUACGGUGGUGCUGGAACAACGAAGAACGAGCUUCUCACCCGAUACCUGCCCAUUUCUCCAGACCACGAGAUGGUCCCGCCCACCCCAGACCCGAGAACAAGGCAGCUAGGGCAACCCCAGCCCGACUACACACGCUAUUCUCCGGCUAAGAUAGCCCUUCGCAGACACCUCAACCAGGAUUCGGCUGCCAAUCAGUAUAGAUUGAUAGGAAACAUCUACAGGGGUGACGUUGGUGCGGUUUCAUCUCCGACUCUGGGAUUAAAACAGGCUUGCUCCUCACCAAAUUCUUCUGAUAUUCCAGUGAACACCACACCCAAGGGCACAGAUAGGGCCGAUAAGGAGAAGAGCCCUGCUGCCCCGGGUGACACUAUCAUGAGUCUGCCAAUCAGUAUCCCCCUCAGCACUGUGCAUCCCAACAAACUUCCUGUCAGCAUCCCGCUGGCCAGUGUGGUGCUACCGAACCGUGCUGAAAGACUGCUAAACACUCCUAGUCCAGUGUCCAAUCGUGAGGCUACAGGACAAAGCAACGGGUACUCCUCCAGCUCAGGGUUGGUGAAUGGCUCUCACUCUGCAAUGUUGACAGAGGAUCAAGACUGCAACGUCCCUUCCCCGCCCCCCCACAGCACUCCAGUCACUGGCCUCCCGCCCCGAGGCUCCGGCCUCAGUUCUCCUCUGGGCACCGGCGGGGUGCUGCAGUAUGCCGACGGUCCGCCCAGACUCCCCGCCGAGGACGGCCAUGACCGCCCAGGCCCGGAAUCCGACACGGAACCUUUGGACAGUGAAGCUCGUCGUCGCAUCUUUUUCUCCUCAUCCUCUUCUUCAUCUUCAUCAUCGUCCUCCACGGGAGGUCCACGGAUGCAUCACGGGUCGGUAAAGCAGGGUCACCAUCAUCACAGUAAGCAUCAUAACCACCAUCACCACCACCAUCACUCGUCAGGAGCCCACGGGCAAGAGGGACGCAAACGCGGACGCCGGAAGCGAAGCUCUUCCGGGGCCGUGCCCGCCAGCACCUCCCCCAAGAGAAGGUCGUUGCCAGGGAUUGGCUGCUCGAGUCAUUCCUCUGGAUCUCCGCUUAAUAUUAAUUCUAUGGUAAACAACAUUAACCAGCCUUUAGAGAUCUCCGCCAUCUCCUCUCCUGAGCAGUCAGGCCGAAGCCCAUGCGGUCCAGAUCUGGAUCAGCCACCUGUGCUCAAAAGAGAGCGCCCUCUAGAGCUCAACAACACAGGCCGCUAUUCUUCCCCACCCAGUUCAGAUGAAGAGGGUGCUUCUUUUGCCCCAGACGGCUCCAAUUCAAACCGAAUUGAAAGAAAAAUUUCGACCAUUUCUUUGGACAGAGAUGGACAAAUCAGAGAUUCUGAAAUGGGUUCGCAGGGACGUAAAUCGGGUGCCAGCAGCGUAAGCAGCGAUGUUUCCUCUUCCUCAGGUGCCAGUAAGUGGAAAUCCACCUUCUCCCCCAUCUCUGAUCCCAAGCCCAAUUCAGACCUCCGCCAGGGGGACCCACCCUUCGGCUCAGGGGCCUCCCGCGGCGCAGGAGGGGGCACGGACUCUGACUCGGACCAGAAACAGAGGAGAGGUGAACGGGAGCCUUACGCAAACUCUAACCUCUUCCUCAGUCAGGACGGCUGUGGUCGCUCGGUGGUGAACGCGUCCGAGCGGCCUCCCCAAAAACAGAAAUCGAGGGAUUGGGACCUGAAAUCUGUGACCGGAUUGGCCAGCCAGAAUCUCUUUAUAUCUGCUGCAGCCACCGGAGGCAUCUUAAGUGGGAAAGUGGGCGGAGCCGCUUCUGUUUCCUCGUCUCCCUCAGUGGGGCAGUACUUCCCACUGGGCGGGGCUUCUGUCCUGCAGUCCUUAUUUGGAGUUCAGGCGCCCGGACCACCCACCAGCGGAGGCACGCGAUUAGUCAACGGACAUUCGACCCUGGGAAGUUUCUCCAGCGCCGGACUGGCAGGAGGCGCUGCAGGAGGUAACUGACGAAAUCUACCUCAACCCAAUUUAACCUAUGCAAUGGACAGACGUGGACCAAUGGGCUCAACUUGCUCACCGGUGCUCAAACGUUUGCUAAAGCCGCCACUGUAACACUGGCUUGGGUAUCUGAACCCAUCUAAGGUGCAGCUCCAUAGAACCCCCCCCCAUAAAUCAUAUUUAGAUUUAUGUGUGUUAAUCCUUUUUAGGGUAGCACAAUGAUGGGGGAUGCUUAGAGUCAUGAAUUAUACAUUAUUAUUAUUUAACAAGGCCUUACAGAUGCUUGCAUUAAAUUAAAAUUCAUGGUUGGGGAACUCGAUCUAAAUUUGUAGUGGUUUCACAAUGGAUCAUGUUCUCCGGGUUGGGAAGUGUGUUACAUGUUAGGAAUGCUGUUUCUAGUCACAUGGGCCGUACACACAGAAAAAAUUUGUGAGAAUCUUUAUAACCUUGCUGCUGUUAUUAAUGGAAACAAAUGUGGCUUUUAUGAGGAACUCUUUAUCGGGUGAAAUGUUUGAAGCACCGUUUGAAACUGUUUUCUAAUCACCAUGCAAGGAUUUCAUCCUUAUAGCUUGAGCUUCUCAGACUCGAAAAAAAAAACAUUUGGACAUUUUUAUUGUUUCAGGCAAUAAUCCUGUUUUAUAGCAGCAUAGCAUAAAUUGUACUAGCCGUCUAUAGGAAUAUGAAAAAGAAAUGAAGAAACCACAAGCUCUGGCUGUAUAAAGGUGAAACUCUCAAAAACAUCUUCGAGUCAUAUUUUACCCCAAAAUCAUGUUUUGUCCAAAAUCAUGCAAAUUGGACCUUAAUUUAUUUGAUUAUUUAUUUAUUUGUAAGUUUUUGUUCUUGUAAUGUAGAAAGGAAUCUCAUUGCUGUGACGCAAUCUGGAUGUGUUGACGUUAAAGAGAUUUGUUCACAUUACAGUAUUGAUGGAUAUGUGCUUUAUUGAAAAAUCAAUACAAAAAUAAUCUUUACCUUAAAAAUUUCUUCAUGCAAUUUAUUUUGAUUGAUUUUAGGGUAAAAUAUGACCUGUACAUGUUCUUGACAAACAUAAAAAAAAAUCUAUAAUUCAUUCAUGUUUUAAUUUUUACACUGGAUAUCUUUACCUGUGGAGCAGUUUCUGCAAUCAUAACGGCAUACAUCAUUUUAAUACUUGCGUGCUUUUAUAUGUCAUAGGGAAAGACUAUUAAUGUUUUACACGGCGUGAAUAUUCAAUCGAAUUUUCAUUGUAUAUACAACCUACACAACUGCACCUUCCCGGAAAGACACAAAUAUUCAAGCAUUCUGCAGGGAAUGAGCCACAGAAUGAGAAGAUGCCUGUAAGAAGUUAUGAAACAAAGUUAGUUAACCAAUCACUACGUUCACUGCAGCUUUUGUUGAUCAGUCGAGUUUGUUUUAAUACUAAAGCUUCCAUACUCUCAACGGUGUCCGGUGAACCUUACAAUACAAUGCACGUUUUGUUAAUCGGGGUCCAGUGUCUUACACGGUACAGGCUUAUUCAGGUGAAUCUGGUGCUGAACCAUUUCUUCGCAGAUCUUACAAAAGAAACAAGUGUUUUCCUUCGGAUGUCAUGGUGCUUUCUGCUACCUGGAAAACCUGCCCAGAGCACACACUUGUAAACGUACACACUGGGGAAAUGCAAAAUGAUCACAAAACAAGUAAAAGAAACUACUGGGCAACUUCAACUCAUCCUUGCGUUUCCUUUGUGUAUUUUACUCUACGUUUUUUUGUACUGUGAAUGAUGAUGUCUCUCAGACUAUAAUUGUAUAUAAUUUGGGUUAUUUAUCAUUUGAAUAUUUUGUUUGUUGUUGAUUUUGUUUGCGAUUGCUCUUUGUUUUGUGUCAGAGCACAAGUGUUUGUACUUGACUCGCGGUCUGAAAAACUAUGGUGCUACUGUCUGUACAACUUAAGACUGUGCUUAUUUAUAUUCAGAAUAUCAACGGGAAAAGAAACGAAUAAAGAUUCUUGGUGCUUCUUUUAAACAGGGAUGUGUUCAAGCCUCGCGCCAUUUAUUUCUUCGAUAUUUAUGAUGUAAUGGUGUUACGUGACGCAUUGCAUGAAGCAGACCCUGCUUGAACGGAUAGUGCCGAUUUUAUACCGAAGAAACACCUUUUGGUCUCUUAAGGGCCGAAUACUUACACGUGGAUGAUCACGCGUCGCAGAAAUUUAUUUUGAACAUUUUUUUAUUGACUUUAAUGGUGCUUGUGUCUGAAUUCCGAACAUGUCGAUGCUUAAAGCAUGACUUGACUGUUCAAGCUUGUAUAAAAAACUAAACCGGUGCCGUUUGGCGUUUAGUUGCUUUUAUUGCUUGACAUUUGGCGUCCGCAUAAAUGAGUGUUUGUGGGUUAAAUUUAUUUUACUACUUUCUUAGGCCCAGGCGGCUUGGUGCUGACAGUUCACCCAAAUAUGAAAACGAGUCGUUUACUCGCCCUCAUGUUUCUCAAACCGAAGUCUCACACAACUUGGAAUUUGGAAAAUUGUGCAUGAGCACUUUUUGAAGCUUGGAAGCUCAAGUCCCCAUUCAUUGUAAUUGCAAGGAAAAUGUCAGUGUCAUCUUUUGCACUAAACCAAACGCUUAUGGUUUCUGGGUGUCAUGAUGAUGAGCAAACAAAGACUUUUAUUUUGGGAUGAAAUAUUUGUUGUAUCGUUUUCCACAAUGUAACACAAACAGCUUCAUCUUAUUAAAACUCUUGCUGCUGUUUGCACGGAUGUCGGAUGCGCCCAUACCAAAAGCUACAAUCUACUAUCAAAGCCUGUCUGUCCUAGAGUGUGUUGCUUGUAUUUUAGAGUUUAAACUUUCUUGCGUAUCGUAGUUACUUGAGGUUCUUUUGAUGCGACCAUAGAGGUGGUUAGUGCGCUUGUACUAGCGAUGAACCGAUGUGGGUUUUUAAUGACCGAUAUAAUAUUAACUAAAUCAUAUUUUUAAACCGAUUAAUUUAUGACUUUUCAUAAUUUUAUUUGAUUCUUAUAAUCGCAAAAUAUCACCCCGCCCGAUAUAUCGGUCUGUCACUAGCUACUGCAGUUUUGCAAAUGGAGACAAAGCAGGAUUAAACCUAAUUAUAGUUUGCGUCCUUUUUUCUUUAUCGUGUAUUUUUGUGUUUUGCUUUAGUAUGUGCUCAAAGAAAAAAUCAACCUCAACCAAGCUUUAUAGUCAAAUGCUGUUUAGUAGAUGAUGGUGUAUAAAAUAAGAAUAUUGUGUAAUGGUCUUUCUGUUAACUAAGGACUUUUGAUGAAAUAGGUAAAAAAGUCCAUUGUUACCAGCACUGAGUUUUUUUUUUUUGUAGUGAUUAAUAAUCAUUGUUAAUGUUACCUGUUUCAAUGGCCAAUUUGUGUUUUGAUAUAUUUGCGACUGUUUUUCAAUGAUAGUUUUGUUAUGGUUUCAUAAUCCCGAAUACAACAGUAAAGGUGCUCUCCUACACUUUAAACAUGGAAAUGCAGCUAUGAAAUCCAUACGCCUCUUACGUUGUGCUAAAGAGGCGGAAACAUUUUAAAAACGUCAAUGCAAGCUUAGCUUGUUUACUUAUUCUGAUGUCUCAUUUUAACUAAAUAGUUCUGAAAAGUGAUGUUUAGUUAUUUAAAAUUGAAAACAGUUCAUCAGUCUUGCAGAUGUUGCAUUUUCUCAGGUACGUGUACAAGGUCGUAUAUUGCAUAUGGCAACUUGAGUCCUUUGACAUGUUGUCAGAUUUGAAAUAUGUAAACUCGUAGAUUGUGUCUAGUGUCUCAGGAAAAACGUUUAAAACAUUAGCUGUCAUCAUACCAGACAAAGAUUAAUGGAUAUUGACAGGAAGGGAAGGGGUUAACCUUUGGAGUUUGCUUUACUGCACGUUAUUUAGCUGCGAUUGCAAUUUCAUUUAAUAAUACAUAUGCGCUCAGAGUUUAUAUGAGCUUUAGUUGAAAUAUUUGCCUCAAAUAAAAAAAGUGUAAUACCUAUUCCUUCAUUUCACAGAGUCACUCUUUGGUAGAAAGCAAAUAAUUGUGCAUUAACAGCAAACUCUUAGUUGUCACAUUCGUCUCAAUAUGUUUGGUGCUUUCAUCAUAAUGCCUGAUUCUAUUCAUAUUUUAAAUUGCAGCUUUUGUUAAGUGAUAUUAAUAAAGUGUUUCUAAUAAAAAUCUAAAUUUCUUCUG